AUGCUAUCUGCCAUCAUCACUAUCUCCGUCGGCCGCGAGCAGCGACUCUUUGCAGCGCACGAAGACGUUCUAUCGCAUUCUCCCUGGUUCCAGACUCUCUGCAGCGGUCAGUUCUUCCAGUCUACCAACAAGCGCAUCGACCUACCCGACGAAGAGCCCGAAGUCUUCUCAUCGAUCCUCGAAUAUCUCUACAAGGGCGACUACUACCCGCGCAUGGAAUAUGACAAGAAGCGAAACAGCUGGAACCUUGAAGAUGGUGGAAACGCCAACAACGCCCACGAAGCCAUCGUUCAGUCUUCGGUUGGACCGAUCCUCAAAGACACUGUCAUCUACUGUCAAGCCGACAAGUACGGACUUCAGGAACUGAAGAAGCUUGCGCUCAAGAAGCAAGGCCUCCAAUCUGGCAUCCAAUGCUCAACUAUCUUGACCUCCGCCCGUUACGCAUAUGCCAACACUCCUGACAACGACUCCAAGCUUCGCGCACACUACCUCGCGCUCAUCAUCCGCGCCCGACACACCUUCAAGCGCAGCGGCACAAUGCAGAACGAGAUGGAGAACGGCGGCAAGCUCUUCUUCGACUUGUUCGUUGCCAUGGUCAAUCACAUGGACGACCUUUCAGCGAAGUCGCCGCACUAA